AUGGAUCAAGCAACAGAAAUACAGAAAGAAUUCAUAACUCUGGAUGGUAGUUUACUCGAGGGCGGAGGACAAGGUCUUAAACCGCAACACUUAUCUGGCCUUCAGCUUAUACGUGACAUUUUCAACGCAGAUUUACAAGGCGACAAAAUUGGUUCUCAAGAAAUUUUGUUUCAUCCGCAUGAUGCGGAUCAGAGUAAAACUUUUAUAUGUGACAUUAAGACAGCGGGGAGCAUCUCAUUAUUGAUUCAAAUCGCGUUACCACCGUUAAUUUUUUCUGCGUCUCCGCGAAAAUCAAAGUUGUCUUUACCGCCUAGAGCACAGAAGGCCAUUCUUAAAGGUGGUACCAAUGUUGAUUUGGCACCACCAAUUGAUUUCUUAAUUGAGGUGUUUAGACCAAUUGUUCAACGUGAAUUUGGUUUCAAUUUUAGCAUUAAUGUUAUAGGCCGUGGAUAUUAUCCUCAAGGCGGUGGUGAAGUCAUUUUAAAUGUGGACCCUUUA